AUGACUGAUUUGGCAAAAGAUUUGGCUAAAGAUCCAACCCAGGUAUCUGAGAAUUUCACACAAUCUUUAUAUACCGAUGAAGAUGGCUCUAGAUCGUUGUUCACCAGAGUCAAGGAUUCUUUCAAGAGACAAGAACUUGUAGAAACUGAGGGCAUAGAUUUAGACACUUACAGUAUGACAGAUUACCAAAGGACUAAUUAUCUUUUAGCUAAGCAACCAUAUCAGAAAAAUUUGUCACAGAGACAUUUGACGAUGAUUGCUAUUGGGGGGACGUUGGGAACAGGUCUCUUCAUCGGUAUCGGUUGGUCAUUAGCAUCGGGACCUGGUAAUUUAUUGAUUGGAUUUUUGCUUACUGGGUUGGCUAUCUUUUGUGUUGUUCAGUGUGCUGCAGAAUUAUCAUGUCAAUAUCCUGUUUCAGGGUCCUUUGCAUCUCACGUAUCAAGAUUUGUAGACCCAUCCUGGGGUUUCACCGUCACUACGAAUUAUUGUUUGGCAUGGUCCAUCUCUUUCCCGUCUGAACUUAUUGGUUGUGCAAUGACCAUUGGUUAUUGGGAUAGCUCCGUUAACCCCGUAGUAUGGGUCAUCAUAUUUUGGUUAUUCAUCAUGGCAUUGAAUCUAUUUGGUGUUAGAGGUUUCGCAGAAACUGAAUAUGUCUUGUCUAUCUUUAAAAUCCUUGCCAUCAUAAUAUUUUUGAUCAUUGGAGUAGUCCUUAUAUGUGGUGGUGGACCUAACUCCAACGGAUACAUUGGAACCAAGUACUGGCAUGAUCCUGGGUCUUUCAAGGCGCCAGUUUUCAAAUCACUAUGUAACACAUUCGUGUCUGCAGCCUUUUCCUUUGGUGGUACUGAAUUAGUGGUUUUAACUGCAGCAGAAUCAAGGAAAGUGGAAUCAAUAUCUAGAGCAGCAAAGGGAACCUUCUGGAGAGUGAUAGUCUUUUACGUGUCAACUGUUGUUGUUAUCGGUUGUUUAGUACCUUACACUGAUGAGAGAUUACUCGGAGGUGACACCUCAGAGGAUAUCGCUGCAUCACCCUUCGUCAUCGCAUUGGCAAACACAGGAAAAUUCGGUGAAAGAGUGUCAAACUUCAUGAAUGCUGUCAUUCUUAUUGCUGUGCUCUCCGUUUGUAACUCAUGUGUCUAUGCUGCAUCACGUGUGAUACAAUCUUUGGGAGCUUCUGGGCAAUUACCAUCGAUUUGUGGAUAUGUCGAUCGUAAGGGUAGACCUUUGUUUGGUAUUCUUGUCGUGGGUCUUUUCGGGUUUUUGCCCUUCAUUGUGGCUUCGAACAAAGUUAGCGAGGUAUUUGAUUGGUUGUUUGCCUUAUGUUCUAUUUCUUCGAUGUUCAUUUGGUUCUCCAUUUGCUAUUCUUAUUUGCGUUAUAGAUGGGCAUUAAAGAAACAGAACAGAAGUGCCGACGAAAUUGCGUACAAAUCGAUGCUUGGAAUUUGGGGGGCUUAUUUGGGCUUACUUUUGAGUGCCCUGUUGAUCGUAGGUGAAAUUUACGUCUCACUUUUCCCUCUCGGCGAAUCACCCAGUGCAGAAGCUUUCUUCAAAUAUUGUCUAUCAAUCCCCAUAAUGAUCGCCGUUUACAUUGGUCACAAGUCCUAUACAGGGAAUUGGAAAUCAUUUGUUAUCCCACUCUCUGGUAUCGACCUCGAUACAGGAUUGUCACAUAGUGAUGUUGAAAUAAUGAAACAUGAAUUAGAAAUUCAAAGAGUCAAACUUGCAUCUAAACCACUUUAUUAUAGAAUUUUCAGAUUUUGGUGCUAG